UUACACCCACACUUCCUGUCGAGCCCAAGGAGUCUCGGAUGAGGAAGUCAAUGACGCUGUCACCCACCCUGGCUAAGUCAUCUCCCUAAUCUUGGGUCUUGCAUGGUUCAUGGUGGAGGUGCAGCAGCCAUGAAGCUGAUGAGGCUACACUGUGUGGUGGAUCCCAUGGGCUGGCUGUGCAUCAGCCUGGUGUUCGGCGUCUGGCUCUACAACUCCUUGUUCAUUCCAAAGCUGGUACUGCUGCCGCACUACAAAGAGGGACACAUUCCCUGGGCUGUGGUUGUCAGUUACUACACCGCCUCCGCAUUUUGCUUCGCCGCCCUAGUCAGAGCUUCCACAGCGGAUCCUGGACGCCUUCCCGUUAACCCGCAUAUACCUCACUCUGAGCGACAGCACUGGGAAUUAUGCAGCAAGUGCAACCUGAUGAGGCCCAGGAGGUCACAUCAUUGCAGUCGCUGUGGCCACUGUGUGCGCCGGAUGGACCACCACUGCCCCUGGAUCAAUAACUGUGUGGGGGAAGACAACCACUGGCUCUUUCUGCAGCUCUGCUUCUACACCAUGGUGCUCAGUUUCUUCACUCUGGUGCUGGACUUCUGCCAGUACUACUACUUCCAGCCUCUCACUCAACUAGACCAGGAGAGGUUUACAACGCAGCACGAACUAGCUCUACUGCGACUUUCAGCGUUCAUGGGUGUGGUCAUGUUCGGCGGCAUGUCAGCCUUGUUUUAUUCUCAGCUGGCAGGAAUCCUGUCGGACACCACCACCUUAGAGCAAAUGACACUCACAUCAAGUGAAAUCGACAGCCACAGGAGACCGUGGCAGCUGACCCUGGCCGAAGCGUGCGGCACCCACUGGAAGGCGCUGUGGUUCGUCCCGCUCCGAAGCAGACGGGCGCUCAAACAAGUUGGCAGCAGCCUGUUUCGAACACACGUGUAGCCUACCUGUGGUAGGUGAGGAUUACAACCACAAUAGCCGCACAAAGACUCUGCGAACAGUACGGUAACAUCACAUGUACUUCAAAGGGUAUGUUCAGUUUUAUCGGUACAGAGGCGUACGGGUUUCCCACACAGCACACGUGUAGAGAUGGGCAACGGGGCAAGAAACCAGAAACCAGAAGAAACUCUCAUUUACUCAAAAUAGAACAAAAAUACACAUUGUUGAAACUAUUACUGUGGCAAUUGCCCAAAAAGAAAUUCUGUUAUGUAGGGGCGUCCCAAGCGCGUUGCGGGGGACAUUUUUGGCUUGUUUGUUAUUGGCCAUUUGCUUGUUUUAAAAAAAACAACUAAUUUAUUAUUAAUGACACAUAUCAUUCGAUAUCACACUGAUUUGUUUUGUCACCUAUACCACAAAGCUAAUAUGUUUUGUUCAGAUAGGUUAGCAUGUAUUGACCAAAGUGCCCCCCCCCCCCGCAUCUGUAAAAUGUAUAUUUAUUUAUUGUAUUAAUUGGCAAAUGUUAUUCAUUGGAGAAUUUCCUGUUUCAAGUCUUUCAAAGGGGACCUAUUGUGAUUCUGACCUACAUUUAACACACCUCUUUGUGGCCUAGACCAGGGAUUCUCAAACUUUGGUACGUACGUGGGCUCCAUCUCGCAGUACGCCAAAGAAUCACUCAAUUAAAUAUUGUAAUGAGGUGACUCGAGCUGUUAUCUAAGGUUUAUCAGUCUUCAAUGGAAGUUGCUACAAUCGGACUACUGUAGGCCGUAGUCGACGCCAAAAUAAGCAAUUAAGACACAAAGAGAACCAUCCUACUCUGUCUGUGGGAAUGGUAUACUUGUUAAGUACAACCGCUGCCUUGUUUUUAAUGAAUACUUAGGCCUACUACGCUACUGUAUUUUAAUGUUGGUUAUUAUGGCGGUGAAACAUUUUAAGCUUUGGCAUUGUUAACACUCGUACUCAACAUUGUACUACAUCCAUCCAUUUUCUACCGCUUGUCCUAUCUCAGCUGCAUUCAUUAUAUCAUAAUAGGUCCUCUUUAAAGUUGUUUAUCCAAAAGAUCAGCUGUUUUGCAAUUGGCUCCCUUACUGUAUUCAAAAUGAACCAAAUCGUGACCUUAAAACUGAGGCAUGUACCGAAUCGUGAAUAUGGUACUGUUACACCCCUGGUCAAAAAACAACACUUUUACUUGUGUUGCUUUAACUCACUGUGAAUGAAAAGGCACUUUUUCUGUGUUUAAAUAGAUGCUAGUUGCAACCCUAAAGCGAAAAGAAACCCUCUCAGAUUCAUUUAUGAGAAGGAGCUUUUGUGUUUGUCACUUGUUGAUUAGGCUCAAUCAAAUGAGGAAAAAAAAGCCUUUUGGUGCCUUGUUUUUUUGUAUGUUUUUGUUUAAUUUUCUCUUUUGGAAAAGUGGAAUUACAUGCAGGAUUUUUCCUAUGUCUUUUACGGCUCACUUGAAAUGGAAAAAAAACAAAUAUAAACGGGCCAAAGCUAGCAGCUAGUUUGCUUAGUUUAGCCAAGAAAACAAACAAGGAGCUCGCGAGCAGUCUGGCUAUGCUAAAUAAAAACCCUCUCCCCUUACAAACAAAACCUUCCCAUUUAAUUAAUUGGCCCAAACUCAAAAGCACUCUUUUUUAAAACUACAUUUUACACACAGGUUUAGUUUUCACUGUCAAACUAAGCUGCUGCUUUGACAUAUCUUUCCCCCAACAUUUAAGAAAACAAAUUGCCCAAAAUGUUUAUUUAUUUUUGUUAUGGCUUUUAUCUUUUCUGCAAAUGUCACAUUUUGAUUUUUAGAUAGUUUUAGUGAGUUUUCAAUAGCAUAUGUAAGGCACAACAUAUACUUGUGGUUUUGAGCCUGGUAAGUUGCACUACCAUACUCAUCAAACUUACUUUUGUUGGCCAAAUAAUUCUUGCAAUAGAGUUAAAAAAGUAUACGUAUAUAUACUUUUUGAAAUAUAUGUAUGUUUAGAAGUAUAUGCAUUGUCUACUCUACUGUGUUACUGGACACACAUUUACUUGAAUUUACUUUUUUGUAUUCCAUUUUUUGUUAUCUUUAAAAAAAAAGAAGUGAUUUAAGGUUUAUAUUUUGUAUUUAACAUUUGCGGUGUAAUGAUGUGAUUGGGUUUUAAAUUAUAUUUUUUUUACAAUUACAUUUUGAUUUAUCUUGCAACUUCUUUACCUCCUGUUGUAAUUUGAACACCUCAGGCUAUUAAUAACGCACCACGGUGUUGGUUUGUGAUCACAUUUAGGAAUAUAUUUAUGUGACUUUUGCUGGAUUUUCACCUGGAAACAUUGAGCACUCCGUUUUGUAAAAGCAAGUUGAUUAUAUGCAAAUAUAUUGAUUUUUGUAUGUGUGGCCUAUUGCAAAGUGUCUUUUUAAUCCUAUACUUUGUUAGACUAAGAAUAAAAAUGAUGUCACACAUUUUUAUAUAUAUUUGUUUUUUGUGGUUAGG